AAAAAUUGAAUCAAAUCAAAUUAUAUUAAAUUAAAAGGAUGGUCUUGUUAUAUUAAAAUACACAUCACUUUGUUCAUGUUUGACAAACUCAACACCCUCUCUCUCUCUCUCUCUCUCUCUCUCUCUCUCUCUCUCUCUCUCCUUGCUUUGGAAUACCAUAAAGGCCAUGGCAACCUCAUAAUAAAUAACAUUGCUCUCUUCUCAUUAACCCCCCCAACCCAUCUCUCUCUCUCUCUCUCUCUCUCUCUCUCUCUCUCUCUCUGUGUUCUGUGUGCUGAAAACACCAAGAAUUUGACUGCACAAAACACAAGCAAAUCUUAUCUCAUUCUCUGUUUCAGAAACUAAAAAAAGUUGAAAGAAGGAGAAGAGAGAUCAAAUGGGAAAUGAAUACAAUCGCUUCCACCACCAGCACCACCAUCAUCAUCAACAUCACAAUCUGCAAAUGCAUCACAGAAGCACAUUCUUACCCAUGUUGUGUUCAAGGCCAUCCAUCAAAGGUGUAAGCCUCCCCAACUGCUCUGCUUCCUUCAAAGAAGACCCUUUGUCCCCAAGAAUCAGCUGCAUGGGCCAAGUCAAGAGAGGCAACAAAGUUAAUGGCUUUCCAACGUCUCACAGGCUCACCAUCAUCAAUUCCAAGCAUAACAACAGCCCCAACAACCACCACCACAACAACAACAACAAUUUCAAGUAUUCAAAGCUCAAAAAACUCUUCUCUAGCAAAAGCCUCACUCCUACCACUACAACAACUAUCACCACAACCACCAAAACAAACACCAGACGUAGAAUACAACAAGUGGUUGUGAAUGCUUCAAGUGGGCCCAGGAUCAAUGGUCAAGAUCAUCAUCAUCUUUGUGUUCCAGAUAUUAACAUAGUGGAUUUGGAUCCUCCUCUGCCUGUGAUCAAGAGGGUGCACAAGAAGCCUGAGGCCCAAGAGGAAGAGGUGGGCAGCCUUUGGAAGAGGAGAUCCGGUGGGGCUGCAUUGGAAGGUUUGCAGCUUAAACUAACCCACCAUCCAAGACAUCAAAAUCAACCCACUACUGUCUGAUGAUGGGUAAAAGAAAAGAAAACCAAAAGGGGAGUGAAGAAAGUAGCUGUACAUGUUUUGCUUUUGGAUCCCAAUUUUGGAUAUUGUUUGAUUCACGUUCACUUUGCCAAAUGACAUAAUUGAGACUGGUAGCUUAUUGUUGUUAUGUGUUGUUGGGAUUGUAGUUCAUAGAUUUUAAUGUUUAGUUAUUUGAAUUACUGACAAAUCCCACCAGGUGCUCUUCUUAAUUGGGAAGAUCUCAUGGGUUUUUCUGUGUCUUUUUUUUUUCUCUUUUCUUUUUUGCAUUCAAUUUGCAAAUUAUAUUUUCAUUAGCUUUCUGUGAGCUUUAGAUUUGCCAAUAAAUUGGCUUGUUUUUAGAGUUGGAGGCAAGUGGAGAGAAGCUAAAUCCCACAAGCAUAUGAUAGGGGAAGUGAAUUGGUACAUUUCAUAGGAUGAGUGAGGAGUUGCAGUUUUCAACUACUUCAUCAGUGACCAACUAGUUAUUGAUCUAACCAGUACUUCUUUUAUUAAUGUUAGAAAAAAAUAUUUUAAGUCCAAAUUAUUUCUCCA